UGUGAAAAAAACAAAAACAAAAAGAAAACUUUUAAAAGGAGGAGGGGGUUGCUGUUACAUUUAUUUAUUCAAUUCAAUUAUUAGUAGUCACAUUUUCUAAGGUGCUUCUACCCUUCCACGCAAUCUCAACCUCCCUUUUAGAGAUCGGAUAAUUUUCAGUUCCCAAAUUCCGAAUUUCCCCUUCGUAAAUCCCCACCGUCUCUAAUUUCGUUUGAUCGCUGCGUGGUUCAAGACUAAAAUCUUUAGUUACUUAUUCAUUGGUUCUGCUUCUUCAAGUGUUUUAGGACUUGUAUUACAUUACAUAGAUUAGGGCUUUGGAGCUCGAAUCAGGCUUUGUUGAGUGAUUUUCUUUGUAAAAGUUAACAACUAAGGAUUCUAUAGUUUUCAGUUGGUAACACAUAGAGACACAGAAGGCUGCAGUAGGAAAUAUAUUUAAAGUUGAGCCUCGUGAUGGCUGGUGUGAAACGGAGAAUAAUUACUGAUUCGGAUAUCCGGGCUCUCCAUAAAGAACUGGAUGAAGUCUCAUGUCCAAUCUGCAUGGACCAUCCACAUAAUGCUGUUCUCCUCCUGUGCAGCUCACACGAGAAGGGUUGCAGAUCUUACAUUUGUGAUACAAGUUACAGGCAUUCAAAUUGCCUAGAUCGAUUUAAAAAAUUAAGGACUUAUUCUAGUAAGAGUCCAAUGUUACCUCAUCCAAUACCCCUAAACCCUCAGGAUUCUAGUACUUCUGAUAUGAACUUGGCUUUAAGAACUGAUUUUAUUGAAGGUAACAGAAGUCGAAAUCUGAAUGAAACCAAUGGCACGCCAGGAGGAUCAGAAGGUAAUAUCCAAGAGCCAAAUAGGCAUCUUGAUUCACAAGGAGAAGGCAUUAUAGAAAUAGGGGACUCUGAUUCAUCUCAGGGAAGAGCUGAAUCUGAAGAGGUGGAUGCAGAGAAUACAUCAGAGUCUAAAUCUAGUUUGAAAUCUCUCUGUCGAGGGGACAUACUUGGCUGGGAGGUUGUGGAAGAGGCCAGAAUGUAUCUAAAUUUGAAGAAGAGAUCUUGUUCUAGGGAAUCUUGCGCCUACAAUGGAAAUUACCAGGAAUUGCGCCGGCAUGCCAGGAGAGUUCACCCAACAACGCGACCUUCAGAUAUUGACCCAUCAAGAGAACAAGCCUGGCGCCGCCUUGAGCACCAAAGAGAAUAUGGUGACAUUGUAAGUGCUAUUCGAUCUGCCAUGCCAGGUGCUGUUGUGGUUGGAGACUAUGUUAUCGAGAAUGGGGAUAGGUUGGCAGCCGAUAGGGAUAAUGGCACAGGUGAAGAGAGUGCAUCAUGGUGGACUACUUUCUUUCUGUUUCAGAUGAUUGGUUCGAUUGACAGUGUUGGUGAACCAAGAGCAAGGUCCAGGGUUUGGUCUAGGCAUCGACGCCCUGCAGGAGCUUUAUCGGAGCGCCGAUUCCUUUGGGGUGAGAAUCUGUUGGGUUUGCAAGAUGAUGAUGAUGAUGACCUGCGCAUAUUAAGCGAUGUAGGUGAAGAUCCAUCUCCAAACCCAAGAAGACGUAGGCGUCUGAUGCGAUCAAGGUCAGAUGAAGAUCAGUCAUGAACGGAGUCAGAUAUUGGUCCUGGUAAAUUCCAGUUUCUUGACUUGACUUCAUAUGGAAUUGUAUUUCAGAUUGCUUUUGGCUGACCCUACUGGUAUUCUUGCUAUUGAUGUCCCAGCAAUGUGCAUGAACUGUAUUAAUUUUUGGACAAUGAUAGAAGUUUGCUGGUUUCAGAAGCCAUCAGCUUGUGGGUUUUCCAGAUGUGUCUAGUUAAGUGGAGUCCUGUAAACUUUUAUGUGUGUCGUUAUACAUGUACGUGAACAAGAAAUGUUUACUGGUUUUGGAUGAUUAUUCUAUGUACUGAGACUCAAACCGGUGUUACUGUUUAAAUCAGGACAAAGUCUUGCGUUGGCAA